UAAUAUUGUCUUUUAAUUACUACUUCUACCAAGUGACCUACCGCUCUUAUACCUAAUGCCCCCUAGUCCUACACAUGGCUGUCUACUGUGGACUAGGAGAUGUUGAUACAUGCAUUAUUUUCUCUUCAUUUUCAAUCCAAAGUAAAAUUAUUAUGACUUAAUAACUUGUUGGCGAUCUUUCGAUCUAUCCAAUAGGAUUCAAAUAGGUAGGUACUAAUAUUUAUGUUUUUCAAUUCUGUAAUCGUAACUGUUGCCAUGACGACUGCAUUCAUGCAUGAAGUUAUCCUAGAGUUAAUUUUAGGUGGUUGAUUAUUAAAAUAUUUGGCAAUUUUUUGCGUUAUUGAUUUUAUAGGCAGUAAAAGGUGUGUUAGAAAUCGAAUAUCAAGGUGUUCGGAACGUAUCAGUAAGAUUUUGACAGAUUCCUUAGCGCAAAAUGUCAGUGUAGAGCGUAAUAGGUUAUGUUGUCUAUAUUUAGUAAAAAUGUAAUUAGUAACAUAAAUUAUUAGUUUUGUUGGUUAAAAACCAAACAUGACAACUUCACCCACAAAAGCGAAGCAAAAACUGUCACUGCGAAAACGCCUAUUUGUAAAAAAAUCUCCGAAAGUUGGAUGCUUCGUCGAUACGGAUUCCAACGAUGAAUACGGGCAGUCCUCAUCGCGACCGAUCUCUCCUGCUGAUCCCUUCCUAGCUCAAAGUGCUCACAGUGCGGAUCACAGCAUAGAAGCCCCUCACGCUCAAAAUGUAUCAUCAGAACCUUUGCUUAACAACGUUAGUCAUAGCGCGACAAAUUCCCACAAUGAUGACGACAAUAAUCCAAAGUGUUGUAGAACAUUCUUCAGACGGUCUCGCCCUAAAAGUCUGGUCGACAACCACCUUUCUAAAGAAGACGCACGUUCAGUGACUGGAAGUCCAGAGAAUAAUUCCAACAGUAUCAGUGACCAAACAAUUUGCUCUCAAACAAAAUCUGAAGAAAUACCUAAAGCUACAGUCAAGUUUCCUAAAAGUGAUGAUGCUAAGAAAUGUUUUGAACAUUCAGGAUCAUUUGAAGGAAUCAAGCCAAAGAGCAAAUUAUUUGUUAAGAGAUUAUCGGCUGAUCAUUUGAUAUCUACUGAGUCGAAGCCCUUAUAUCGCGCGUCAUCCCCGGAAAGUGACAGGAGUAGUUCUUUAGAUCGAAAAAGAAGGACUAAGUCGACUAUUGCAAGGUCAUCCUCGCGUGCUGGAAGCACUGACAGCUUAGCUCGUAACUCGCUGCUUGCUGCUCAGGUGCUGCGUCUCAUUCCCACACAGGAGGCUCGAGAAAGGAACUACCUAUAUGGGCGUUUAGCAUCCCACUCCCUUCUAGGUGCGGCAGAAUUAGAACAUGUCUUCCCCGAUAGGGAAGUAAGAAUAUUUGUAGGAACAUGGAACAUGAACGGACAACCACCACCAAAGGAACUUGCCGAUUUCAUAUUCCCAAAUCAAGUAACUCAUGUACCGGAUAUAUUUGCUAUCGGUACACAAGAGUCGUUCUCUGAGCGUACCGAAUGGGAGAUCACUAUACAAGAAGUAUUGGGACCAUCACAUCUGUUGUUACAUUCUUAUUAUUUAGGCACAAUCCACUUAAUGAUAUUCAUAAGAAGAGACCUAAUUUGGUUCUGUUCUCUCCCUGAAGACGCAAGCUUGUCUGUCAGACCUGGUACAGCAUUUCGUACUAAAGGCGCUGUCGCUAUUUCCUUCGCAUUGUUUGGCUCCACAUUUUUAUUUGUGACUGCCCAUUUGACUGCACAUCAAGAGAAGGUCAAAGAACGAGUGUCUGAUAUCAAGAGGAUAAUUAGGUCUAUCGAUUUGCCAAAGAAUUUGCCUUGCAGGCAUAAAAGUAAAGAUGUGACAAACAAUUUCGACUAUGUAUUUUGGUGCGGAGACCUGAACUUCAGAUUGGGAGAACCCAGGGCUGCCGUGUUGCGGUGGAUAGAACAAACACAGUUCCCGUUGCCUCAUCACCUACCGCACGGCUUGCUCCACGCGGACCAGUUAACGGCUGUACUAGAAGACGGCGCGGCUUUCCGCGACUUCAGGGAAGCUCCCAUCACCUUUCCGCCUACUUAUAAGUAUGACCCUGGCAGUCAACAGUUUGACACAUCGAGCAAGCAGCGAGCUCCGGCGUACACAGACAGAAUAUUGUACAAAGCGAGGUCAAUGACCUCUAACUCAUCCUCUGCGUUUUCUGGGUUGCGGCGCAUCAGCGCAGUGCCUGUCACCUCGGGCGUCAAGUGCUUGGCAUACAACUCCGUGCAGUCGGUUUGCACGAGCGACCAUAAGCCUGUAUGGGGACUGUUCUCUACCAUGCUGAGGCCGGGGACUGAUGUUGUACCUUUGGCUGCGGGUUUAUUCAACCGCGAAGUGUACCUGGAAGGUAUCAAGCGCCGCCGCGCACUGCUCGACCACGCGCCCGGCACCUCUGCGGUAUGUAAUGUUCAAUAACAUUAACUCACGUUAUUAUACAAUUACAUCAAUUUUUAUGUUCACGUCUCGAUACUAAAAUGUUUGAAAAACCAAUCGUAAACUGUACCCAAUGUAUUAACUUUUAAAUAGUAGUCCAACCUCCUUGAUUUUCGAAUGUCUUUUUCCUGACCAAUGGCCUUUUAUGGCCAGUAACAAAUAGUAUUGCGUUUACCAAAGAGGUUUAUAUUUUUGUUGUUAUACUUUUUAUUUACACUUUUCAAAAUGUUUUAUUUGUUAUUUAUUUAUUAUGUCCUAAGUUAGAGUAAGUGGACAGAUGUGCAAUGUUCAAAACGACGAUUUACAUGUUUAUAUUUAUUAUUAGGUUUAAAAUUUAUUAUGCUUAAUUUAGUUUUACUUUUGUAAUGUGCUCAUUCUGAAAACGAAAAAGACAAAUCUAGUCAGUAUAAUGAAAUGCAUCAGUAUUCCUUACAAUAAUUUUAAUGACUAUUAAUUAUCCUAUAUUUUCACGUAGCUCGACAUUGUUUAACAUAUUAUAUUCUUCAUAUAUUAUUGUGCUGUAAACGAUUGAUAUACUUUGGCUUUAGCUUAGCAAUAAAAAAUACGUAGAAUAUUAUUUCGAUGUGUAGUGUUAUCCAAAUCCUGUUUAGAAAAAUGAGCUUUUAUUAUAAACAUAAAACGUAGGUACGUAUCGUGGAGUUUCUAAAACAGUACAUAAUUAAUUAAAAUAUUUCCUGCCUUAAACCACUGUGUUAAUACCGUCGAAUGAAGUGUUAAGAACAUUUCUCAGAGUUAAUAAAACUAUGUUAAUUAGGUGCUGUGAUUAGUAUUCGUCUAGUCUGAUGUCCAUUCCAGUUACCGUUGUAGUCUCGAUGUUCUAGAAUCGUUUGUGUAUCUGUCGUUACCAUGUCGUGGACUACACUUUAUAAUACUUGAUAGUUGUAUGAAUUGAUCACAUUUCAUGAAAUGAUUCUCUGCCUAUUAAUCGCAUCAUUGUGGUAUGGCCAGAUCAAUUAUAACGAAACGUUUCUUGGUAGAUGUUCAUGAAAUUGACAAGUUUAUUUGAUAAAUCAUUCAUUUUAGUACUUGAACUUCGCCUGAUGAAAACUGACUGAAGUUCUUAACAUAUUCUGGAUUUUCAUGGAAUAUAAUGUGCAUGACAAUGUGUUUACCAUUUAAUAAUCUUACCAAUAAAAGUUCACUCCAUCAUGAAAUGCGACCAUUUUAUAAAAGUAUCAAGUGUUUAGUGAAGUAAGCAAGUGUCCGAUAUGGGCACGACAUAUCUAUAGUUAUAUAGUGUCAAGAUCUCACUACGUAAUAAAGGUUCCAAUUUCGACUUCAAGGAGUAGUCGCACAAAUGAGGCGCAAUAUCACGUCCAACGUUUCGUCCUUCGAUUUGUAGUAAAUAUUUGAGAUCUAACAGCAAUUAUUUCAACUAAGGAAUAAUUCAUAAAGUUAUAUAGUAAAAAUAAAACGAUUCAGAAGAAACGUAACUUGUUCUCACUAUAAUUUGUAUUGAUACUGAGAUUAUAAACAAAGGCAUUAAAGAGAUAUUUUCACUUUUCCAAAUUAUUUGACUUGUUUGUGGUAAUCAUAUAAUUAAGGUUUGUUAUUUAUAAAUUAUGAAUAUGUAGUCUCUUUGGGUGCCAGUUUAAGAUACUGCCAAACCUAGUAUCAGAUAUUUCGUAUUAUGUAUGUAUUACAAAUUUCUUACCGACCAAUAAUAUUCGUGUUUUUAAUGAAACCUAGAAUAAAAUGUCCCGGUCUUAGAUCAGUGUGACAAGAAAAAAAAUUAGAAUGUUGUAGCAGAUUUGGUGUUAUAAAUGUGGGAUUAAUAAAAUAAAAAGUUGAGUGUUUAAAAGUAUUUUUUCAUAACUUUUCGAAAAGUAGUCUGAUAGAUGAAGUUUAAAAUUCGACUGUGUAGUUGGCCUAGACAUAGAAUUUGUAUUGUCAAUUGUCUGACUGUCUAGGUAAACAUCUAAAUUAUGAUUAUGAGGUCGCCAAACUAUACUUGGCAUUUUCGAACUUUUUGAACCAGCUCUUUUAACAGCAUGCGAAUGUAUAAAUUCAUUUUAAAUUAAGUAUGAUUGACUAGUUACUUAUUUCUCUCCGGGUGUUAAAUUAAGCUUUUUUAAUUAAUCACUAGACCAAUGAGAAUUCCAUAAAAUCAUUCUAAGUAAAUCAGUCUGUCUUCCAUACUUGUACGUAACAUAUUUAUACAUUAUUUGAAUCGGGAUCGUUACCUGAAAUCUAGGCGUCUACAAACUUUAUAGGAAUUGUGUAUUCAAAAUUUUGUACAAUCGCACACAUAAUGCUAAUGUUGUCAGGCCAAGUACCUUCUAUGAAGAGAUUAAAUCGACGUCAUGGACAUUAUGUUUGCGACUGUACGUUACGUAUUCUUGUGUAUUAUUCAAAAUGUAAACUUUUUUAAUCAUUACCAAAUUUUCUUACUUUAAUAUUAGUAUCUGCUUUUGCAACAUAUAACACUUAUUUUAGCUUAAAUGCUGUAGUUAAUUAAAUUUUAAUGUCGCACAAAAUAUCAAAAUUCACGUUUAAAUUCGUUUCCACUUCUUUAUUUAAUAAAUAUUAACACAAACGUAGUUAUAGUAAGAGGCUGGUUGAUACAUGAUAUUCGAUGAAUAAAGUACAAUGUUUUAUAAGAAUUUUAUAUCUACAUACGUCAUAUUAUUUUUCUGAUAUACACGUUUGGUCUACAUAAAUGUGGAAAGUACGUGUAAAACCGCGAUGAAAAUCUCAUAUCCAUAAUACUGUUGUAUACGAACGUACAUACUCCUACAUGUAUACCAAAUAUGUAUAAGAGACAAACAGAGAUAGUAUAUUGCUAAUAGUUUUUAUUUUGUACAAGGAUUUUUUUCUGUAAUACUUAGUUAGCUGAACAAAUUAGUUAUAACGUUGAUUUUUACUUUGGAUAGGUCCUGAGAGGGGAGAUGACUGCGACAGAAUAUUUACAAGCAAGAAUUCUGAAACAUAGUGUUCUAUGCAACAUCUUAAAUAUAAGGUGAACUGGGUAUAGGGCUCGUGAAUGCCUAGAAAUAUAAAUAUAUUUUUUUAUUUAUACAAUCUUGCUUGAUUGCUGAAUGGUUACACAAUUGAGUACAGUAUUAUGCCUAUUCGCUAGCGCAAUAGUCAGUAGAUUUUUGUCGCAGUUAUCUAGUCUUUAUUUAUUAAUUGAAUUGGUUAUGAUUUUCAUUCAAUGAAAUAAAAUGUAUUGUCAUUAUUGUGAAUUAUAUUGCUAGUCCAUAUUUUAUAGAUAUACUUAAGUUAUAACUUACUUAAGUAAAAAAUGUUAUGCUAAAUAUAGUUAACUUUCCUCGCUAA